AUGUGCUUCAGCCAAGGUUAUGAGUACACCAGUCUGGGAAUACCAACAUGUCUGGAGUUGGAGCGUUAUCUACAGACGGAGCCCAAGAGGCUGUCGGACCUCUUUGACGAGGAGCUUGACUGCCUGCUCACCCCGGCCUACCUGAAGGAGGACAGUGAAGAGGAACUACUAGACCCCCUCCUCCCCAGCCUCCCYGACCCCCCCAGCCCUCCUGUACCUCCCCUGCUCUGCCCCUCUCGGAAGCACCUCUCUGGGGCCUUGAAGUCUGCCAAACUUAGAGACGGGAUGGGGUUAGGGUCUGGAGGGGGAGGGGUACACCCAGCCCAGUUGAGCGCCGUCACCUCCCUGACGCCGCCCUCGUCCCCGGAGCUGGGACGCCAUCUGGUCAAGCCCGACCCCCACCAGACUCUGACGGCGUCCGCGGACGGCACGCUCACUCUCAAACUGGUGGCGAGGAAGGUGGGGCUGGCGGCGACAAACGRYCCAACCCUGCCCACAAGGCGUGACACCACAGGCGGGCACAGCGACGGCGAGCAGGGGGGCGCGUGUGUGAUGGGCGUGGGGGGUAUCUCUGAGAACAAGAAGAGGGUCCACCGCUGCCAGUUUAACGGCUGCAGGAAGGUCUACACCAAGAGCUCCCAUCUCAAGGCACACCAGAGGACGCACACAGGUGACACUCUGCAGUCUUAACAGCCACAGUUGAAAUUGCAUUGGUUUAAAUUUCAGAUACUUUGAGCAUCAGAUUGAGCCUGCCUUGAAUACCCAGAUGGAUGGCACUUUUGGGACUAUUCUGUUCCAUCCCAUUGUACUAGACAAGCUUAAUUAAGUAUGUGAUAGGAAAUAAAUAUCAGGAAAUAAAUUGCUCACUAUUUCUCAGGGAAAUACUG